GAGUCUGGAACGCGGGUAGACCGGUCAGGAAAGAACGCCAGGAACAGUGUGUUGUGAACUGCGAAGUGAAGUAAAUGUUCGCCUAUUCGGGGAAUGAAAUCCUCCCUAAUGGCCUUACCAGUUGACACUGCAGAUAAUUCUAAAUGAUCAGUCCUGGAAUCAGUUUCUAUGGGUGUCUAACGAGUGAUAAUAUCGGUGUGAAGUUUUCUGAGUGUGUGAAAUCGCCAGUCUUUCUACCCUGAAGGCUGUAAUACAACACGUUGUCUUCAAGAUGCAUUGGCGGGCAGCGUUCCUUGCGUUAUGGAUAGGCCUUGGCAUAUUGCACAGUUCCACGCCUUUACAAGAAGCCUUAGUCCUAAAAGGAAGACUGUGCUGUGAGGAAGGCCAAAUUCUCAGUGACAAUGGUUGCGUGCCUGGUGCCAACACAGCCACUGUCUCACCGCCAAUCUCCGCAAAUCUGUCUGAAAUUACAAGCAACGUCUCGUGGUCUUUCAAGCCGUUAAUAUGUCGCAGAGGAUUCUACGUCAACCACCUUCUUCUGGAUGGACAGAAUAAUACGCUAGAUGUAGAGGAGGGAGAGAUUUAUCUGAGAUGGUUGGAGUUCUUGGUCUUCAAAAGCAGCUCUGAUUACUGCGUGGGGCCCACUGCGGACGGCGGCUACGCGGCUCGGACUUGCCACCCUAAUGUCGAGAAGAUCUGCACGACGGAAACGUGUGUCCAGAAGUGCUGUGGCGACGGAGAGGUUGUGGAGCUGGCAUCGAAGAGCUGCAUAAAACGAGAUGUGGGCGGAUUUUCUCCCGAAUUCCGUACGCUCCAUGGAAGUCCAAUCCCAAGACCCACGAAUAUUUUGGUGAUCGAGAAGAUGCCUGUUUGCGAAUAUUUGGUUCUCCUCAACCCCCGCGCCGAUCCGAAACAGGAGUUCUACCUGCUCCCGAGUGGGACUUUGUAUGAACCGUACGACAGCGUUGAAUUCAUGCCGGGCAGAUAUUGUCUGGAAUAUUUCGUGGAAAUGUCAGCCGACAUCGCCUUCGUAUGUCGGGAACCUAUAAGUAAGGCCAUAAUAGUCAAGAACCAUCUGCAGGCGGCCGGGUUGGUGGUGUCGUGUGUGUUCCUGUCGGUGACCAUCGUGUGCCACCUCGCCAUCAAACGGCUGCGCGACAUCCAAGGCCUCUGCCUCCUGUGCCACAUGGUGUCGCUGCUGAUCGCUGAUGCUGUCCUCUUCACGGGGUCUCAGUUCUCCAGAGUAAUUAGCAGGUCCCACUGCGUCUUUAAUGGUUUUCUCCUGCAAUAUUCAUUUCUCGCGACGUUCUUCUGGCUCAAUGUCAUGUGCUUUGAUAUAUGGCGCGUCAUUAAGGCGACCGUGAAGCUGGUGCCACUGCGGGGUAUCUUAGCCAAUGACGCCAAGAAGUUCAAGCUGUACUGCGCGUAUGCUUGGGGCGUCCCUCUGGUCGUGACGCUGGUGACCAUCGCGAUGCAUUUCCUGCCCGACGAGAAGGUUUCGGACGCGGUCCUUCGGCCGGGCUUUGGCCUGGAGUCUUGCUGGUUCAGUGGCGAUUAUGAACUUCUGAGUUACUUCUACGGGCUGGUCGGUCUGCUGUUUCUCCUGAACAUGAUUCUCCUCGGCCACACACUCGCGAUGCUGUUCCAGGCCGGCGACGCCUUCACCCACUGCUGUUCUCGAAACACCAGUUCACUCACAGCCUUCAACCGGAGUCACCUCGAUGCCUUCUGGCAGCGGUUUAGCCUCUUCUGUUUGAUGGCGCUCUGUUGGGUCACGGAAAUUCUCUCCUGGAAAAUUUAUCCUCUGGAAAUAUGGAUCCCGACAGACGUCAUCAACUCCCUGCAAGGCUUCAUCGUGUUCGUGAUCUUCGCAACGAGCCGGAAGAAGCGCGAGAUCGUGAGCCAGUCGUGGGAGGGCACCGUGUCCACCGUGUCCCAGGCAGCGAGGAAGCUCUCCCGCACGGACGAAACGGGCGUCGUGUGGCAUGUGAGCGACAACCAGGUGUGCAUCGCGAACCCCGACGGCUCGUCCUCGGGCAACAGCAAACUCACCGAGGAAAUGACUCCCGACUUGGACGAACGGAAGGCCCGAGGGAGCGGCGACGGGGAGGCUUCGCCGGCGGGGGAGGCCAACCCAAGCUUCCAGAAAGCGGAUUAAAGAGGA